UAGAUGGGUAUGUAGCCAAUAGUAAAUAUUCCAAAUUAUUCAGAUGGUCUAUUAUAUUUCUUACACUAUAGCACAUUUCAAUUCAGAUUAGCCACAUUUUAAGUUGAAACACAUGGCAUGUGGCUACAAAUUAGAAAACAUAGCUCCAAAAAAAAGACAAUCAUCCUCUAAGUUAAUCAGAAGCAGAGGUCUUGCCUUAAAGCCAGUGUGGCCAGGAGAGCAGCUUUGUCUAACUAGGAAAGCUCUGGAGGAAAGGUGCCCUGCUGAGAAGGCUGGGCUGCUCUGUAGAGGAAAGCAUUGGACCAUAUCAAAUAGACAAUAGGCCUUCCGCCUGGGACUAUUUAUAGAGAGCCCAGUCUGAACCCCUUUAUCACCCCCCAGUAACAACCCCAGGAAAACCGCAGUGUUGCCUGUGAGAUACUGAACUAUAUCUGAGGGAGCAGAGGGUGUGUUGGCAGGUCUGCUCACGGUCAAGAAUGGAGACCACAGCCUUUGAUGUGUGGGCCCUGCUUUUCUCCUACUACUGUUGUCAGAUGAAAACGCAACAUGGCCAAUGCCUUGGCCAGCGCCACAUGUGAGCGCUGCAAGGGAGGCUUUGCACCUGCCGAGAAGAUCGUGAACAGUAAUGGCGAGCUGUACCAUGAACAGUGCUUCGUGUGUGCUCAGUGCUUCCAGCAAUUCCCAGAAGGACUCUUCUAUGAGUUUGAAGGAAGGAAGUACUGUGAGCAUGAUUUCCAGAUGCUCUUUGCUCCCUGCUGCCACCAGUGUGGUGAAUUCAUCAUUGGUCGGGUUAUUAAAGCCAUGAACAACAGCUGGCAUCCUGAAUGCUUUCGAUGUGACCUCUGCCAGGAAGUGCUGGCAGACAUAGGGUUUGUCAAGAAUGCUGGCAGACACCUGUGUCGUCCAUGUCAUAAUCGUGAAAAGGCCAGAGGCCUUGGGAAAUACAUCUGUCAGAAAUGCCAUGCCAUCAUUGAUGAACAGCCUCUGAUCUUCAAGAAUGACCCUUACCAUCCAGACCACUUCAACUGUGCCAACUGCGGGAAGGAGCUAACUGCUGAUGCCCGGGAGCUGAAAGGGGAGCUGUACUGUCUGCCAUGUCAUGAUAAGAUGGGGGUCCCUAUCUGUGGUGCUUGUCGGAGGCCCAUUGAAGGGCGAGUAGUGAAUGCCAUGGGCAAGCAAUGGCAUGUGGAGCAUUUUGUUUGUGCAAAAUGUGAAAAGCCAUUUCUUGGACAUCGCCAUUAUGAGAGGAAGGGCUUGGCUUAUUGUGAAACUCACUAUAAUCAGCUCUUUGGUGAUGUCUGUUUCCACUGCAACCGAGUCAUAGAAGGGGACGUGGUCUCUGCCCUCAACAAGGCCUGGUGUGUGAGCUGCUUUGCCUGUUCCACCUGCAAUACCAAGUUAACACUCAAGGAUAAGUUUGUUGAAAUUGAUCUAAAGCCAGUCUGCAAAUACUGUUAUGAGAAAAUGCCAGAAGAGUUUAAGAGGCGGCUUGCCAAACGGGAGAGAGAAGCAAAGGAUAAGGACAAGCAGAGAAAGAGAAAGCCAGUGUGUCUGUAACGUUCUGUCCCUUCCAGGCCGUUCCCAUUGCUGCUCCUGUGGAAUAAAUUUGUGGAGUUUGACAUGAAGCCAGUCUGUAAGAAGUGCUAUGAGAAAUUCCCACUGGAACUGAAGAAAAGACUUAAGAAA